CUACCGGGCUUUAUUGGAACGAAUACACAAUUUCGUUUCAAUAGGUGUCGGUAAUGGGCGAAUGGUCCAAACACUUUGACCGUAGCGGGUUAAGAACGCAAGAGAAAUAGAACAUUUUAUACCAAAGGAAAACAAGCAAGAUGUGGGAAAACGUUUUUUAAAGAAACAAAUAAAUAAUGGCUUUAACAACAAAGCAAUGUGAGGUGUUGUUAGACAUUUUAGAUAAAAGUCAUGUGAGAACCAAUACUUUGGAAGCACUAAUUGACGAUAUUCACAAAAAGUUUGAUAGUUCGGAUUAUUUUAAAGUCGGAUUGUGCAUUGUUAUGCUAUUGCAAAAUGACUUUUUGUUGGAAACCGAUCAACGCUUGGCUGCAAUAACCAUUCUUUAUGAACUUUUCAAAGGUGAACAACUUGGAAACACUCCAUUUGGGAAUGUGUUUAUGCAACUUUUGCAUCCUCCAGAACAGCAUAGUAUUGUUGGGGCACCAAAGCUUGAGUACCCAGGUCAGUUACCAAAAUUGACUCAAGCUGAAAGACAUUUCAUCACACAGUUAAUAUCAGAUACUUCCAAGGAUGCACUGCUGAAGAAAACAGCGUUACAAGUGGUUAGUUUAGAGGCGCCCCCAAUCGCUAAUGCUGAUUUUAGCUCAGUGAAACUUACAAUUGCUGAAAAGCAGUCUGAGUUGCCAGAUACUGCUAAGACUGGUGUUCCAGUUAUUUUAUCACUGCCAAACAAAACUGCAAACAACUAUACUGAAGACUCAGAAACUUUAGCAGAUGUUGUAAAACAGUUGGCAACUGGUGAAAAUGCUCCAAUAAAUAAAGUUUAUAAACCAGAAUUUGUCACUUUGGCUCCCCCACUACAUAAUUGCCAAGAUGAGCCGAUUUGGUUAAAUCCUACUACCCCAAAAGAACAUUUGAUAGCAUAUGACGCCACUAUGUGUGUACCAGAUACGGCAGGCUAUGAAGCUAGACAAUUAAUGAACAAAGCUUAUAAAACUGCUCUGGCCAUUCCUCAACAACAGCAGCUUCUAGGUGAACUUGAAAAGGAACCUAAACUUGUGUACCACAUUGGAUUGACACCUUCCAAGUUGCCUGAAUUGGUGGAGAAUAAUCCCCUAAUUGCAAUUGAAGUUCUCUUGAAGUUAAUGCAAUCCAAGCAAAUAACGGAGUAUUUUAGUGUAUUGGUCAAUAUGGAGAUGUCACUUCAUUCAAUGGAAGUUGUAAAUAGGUUGACCACCACUGUGGACCUACCAACUGAAUUCGUUCAUCUCUAUAUUUCCAAUUGCAUAUCUACUUGUGAAACCAUCAAAGACAGAUACAUGCAAAACAGGUUGGUGCGGCUGGUAUGUGUUUUCCUGCAGUCUUUGAUCAGGAACAAAAUCAUCAAUGUUCAGGAACUUUUUAUAGAGGUUCAAGCAUUUUGCAUAGAAUUUAGUAGGAUCCGAGAAGCUGCGGCCUUAUUUAGGUUACUGAAGCAGUUGGAAUCGGGCGACCCCGCCCUUCUUUCGUCGCCGACCACUGGGAAUAAAAACAUUAUCGACAAAAAUUCUUGAAAUUCCAAAUAUGUUAUUGUAUUGUUAAAUAUAUAUAUUUUACACAAUCUGUGUUAGUGCAUAGUUCCCGAUUUCAUUUUUACUUUUUUGUUUUAAAGUAUGGUUUCUAAUUUUGUUGAAAUUAAAUUUUCAAUUUAUUUAUGACCUUGGUUGUAACAAAUGUUUUGUUUCAUGUGUUUUUGGCUCAUGUUAGUUGUUGAAUGACAAUUAUGGGAUACAAUUUGUAUUAGUUAGCCUUACUAUAAUUGACACUUAUUUUCGUCGAUUCCCACAGAAUAGUUUUGGUACAUUCAUGGUAAUGAAUCAUACAAUAUUAUAUUAAUAAUAGAGUGUUUUAGGUGAAAAAGAAAUUCCGUAUUUAAAUUCCUAUCUGUAGCAAAUACUAUUUGGUUACUGAAUAUAAUUAAA